ACCCAGGAGGCGGCCUUGGAGAGGGCAAGAGGAGGUGAGAGGUGGGCUUCCUGACUGGGGACCGUGGCGGUAUCUCGGGGCCCCAUUCCAGGUCCCGGUGGCUAGAGGAGGAGGGGGGAGGCGGAGAAAGGGCUCCCUCACUCCAGCUGAAAGGAAGCGGGCGCCCUUAUUUGCCCCUGAUGGACAGGGACAGGGACCGGAAGGGGUUCCGGAUCCGGGAGGCGAGGGGGCGGUAUUGAUAGAAAGAGUUGAGGGGUUAAGGAUGCCAUUGAUUUCAGACUGCCAUGUGGACCUAGCAUGUCGGUCUACGUCUUGAUCCUCCUCGCCUGGGCCCACUGGCCGCCCUAGCCUCCCAAAGGUAGCUCCUAAUUGCAGCGGCUGAAGCCUGGUACUCUGCCAUCCUUCUAAAAUUUCUUUGCAGCUUUCUAAUGCAAGAACCACCUCGCAACAACAGCAGGGCCUUGGACCUAGAGCUUUCCCAAGGGAGUUGGCUCUAAAUGAACAUUUCAUGCCACAUACAGAGUUACUUCUGUUCCUCUUGGGUGAUGACUUACCCUGAAGUCAAGAGAGGUGGCAUGUUGACAAAAGGCAAGAAAGGGUGAUAAUGAUUACGGGGAAGCUCAGAUCAGAUCAGUAGUGAUGGUCUCUGUUCUGAUAGAUAGUAGUCUCCCCUUAUCUGCAGUUUUGCUUUCCAUGGUUACUCUUACCUGCAGUCAACUGGGGCCUAGAAGCAGAUGAUCCUCUUUCUGAUGGCAGAAGGUCAGUGGUAGCCUAAUGUCACAUCACAGUGUCUAAGUCAUUCACCUCACUUCAUCUCAUCACGGAAGCAUUUUGUCAUCUCACAUCAUCACAAGAAGGGAGGGAAGAUGACUGCAGGCUCAGUGUGUGUCCCUCAGAUCAUACCAUUGCGAGUGCCUCCCCCCGGAAGAGCCAACCAUGAAAUUGAUAACAAUACACUUUUGGAAAUGAAAUCUGACACUCCUGAUGUUAUCAUAUAUUAUACCCUGGAUGGCAGCAAACCUGAAUUUCUAAAGAGAAUUGGUUAUGGUGAAAAUAAUACAUAUAAGUACACGAAGCCUAUCACUCUGCCUGAUGGAAAAAUACAAGUUAAAGCUGUUGCAGUCUCUAAGGACUGCAGACAGAGUGGCAUUGUAACAAAGGUGUUUCAGGUGGGCUGCGAACCAGCAAAUACAGUCUCUUCAGAAAACCAUUUUGGAAAUGUCCUCAAAGAGUCUUCCAAGCAAGAAUUGAAAAAUGGAUUUGUUGAAUCAAAACUGUGGAAGAAAUACAAGAAUGCUGAAAAUAAACACGAUUGGAAUCUUAACCUUAGAAAGUCUGCAGAUCUUGAAGUAGGUGAAAGAACUGACUCUAAAACAUGGAAGGAUCUUCGUUUCUUAGAGAGUCCACUGGAAAUCCCACCUCACCAUGAAGAAUCAGGUUCUAGACCACCCACCCGCCAGUCUCAGUUCCCUAGUUUUGCUCACAUAACUGGCCAGAAGAGUUUGACAAGCACAGAGAUCAUGAGAAUUCAAAGAGAGACAGACUUUCUCAAAUGUGUCCACUGCCUGGCCCCCCGCCCAUCUGACCCCUUUGCUCGCUUCUGUCAAGAAUGUGGCUCUCCUGUCCCACCCAUAUUUGGCUGUCGUCUCCCACCCCCAGAAGGAGCUCAGAUGGGCUUAUGUGCAGAGUGCGGAAACAUGGUGCCCAUGAACACUCCCAUCUGUGUGGUGUGUGAGGCCUCUCUUACCCUACAGCUGCAGCCACAGGCCAGCCUCCGCUUGAAGGAGAAAGUAGUCUGCCGCACCUGUGGCACAGGGAAUCCAGCUCACCUGAAAUACUGUGUCACCUGUGAGGGGGCCCUGCCUUCAUCUCAGGAGCGCAUGCAUGGUGGAGAGAAACCCCCUUCUCCGCCCACUCAGAAAGGGGAGACCAUUUCCUGCUCCAAGUGUGGUCGCACGAAUCGCAGGGAAGCUUGCUUCUGUGACUGGUGUGGAGCCAAGCCAGGCAUCUCUGUUUUCUACUCUGUUUGCCCCAAAUGUGGGGCCAGCAAUCACCCAUCUGCCCAAUUCUGUGGUUCCUGUGGUAUUUAUGUGACAUCCUUGGCAAGACUUAACCUGGACAACAGCCUGGCCCUAGCCACUGGAGGACUUGGCCCUUUUCCUCAGCCCCGAUCUGCCUGGCAGUCCCUAAAUGUUCCUUUACCCAGACCUGAUGCUGGGACUCGGAAGGAUGUGGGCACACAGACUGCUGGCCUGUUCUACCCAUCUGGCACGCUACUAGCCAAAAAGGAACAGGAAAUGGCUUCUCAGAAGCAGAGGCAGAAGAUGAGUGGCCAUAAACCUCUCCUCACAGCCAUCAGCCCAGGAAGAGGAUACUGGAGAAAACAGUUGGAUCAUAUCUCUGCCCACCUCAGGUCUUAUGCUCAGAACAACCCUGAAUUCCGGGCCUUGAUCGCAGAACCCAGAAUGGGAAAGCUCAUCUCCGCUACUGUCCAUGAAGAUGGCUAUCAAGUUAGCAUCCAGCUGAAUUAUAUUCAAGUAUCCAACAAGAAUCUUUACCUCAGCAAGGCGGUGGAUUUCAGCAACCACUUUCUGAGCAGUGUCACCGAGGGUGGUGAUGGGCCAUUUGGCAGCAGGUCCAGCUUGGUGAGUGACUACAGCCAGAGUACCUCAGAUACCACUGAAAAAGUCAAGAGGACAAAGAAUUUCAAGACCAAAAUAUUUCAAGAAAAGAAGCUGCUCACACCUGAAAACCGUCUCCUGCUGAAGGAAGUUGGACCGACAGGGGAAGGGAGAGUCUCUGUGGUUGAACAGCUACUCGAGGAGGGAGCAGAUCCCAACUGCAGGGAUGGCGAAGAGCAACCCGUGAUAACCAAGGCCGUUGUGAACAAGCACCAUGAAGUGAUUCCAGUCCUUGUGCAGAGAGGAGCAGACACGGAGCAGCGCUGGGGCCCGCUCCAAAACACAGCUCUUCAUGAAGCUACUCUGCUUGGCCUGGCAGGAAGGGAGUGCGUCGCUGCUUUACUGCGGUGCAAUGCAAGCAUCCAAAAGAAGAACAUGAAUGGCCAGACGCCAUAUGACCUGGCUCUGCAGGCUGGGGAUGAUGUCAUCACCUCGCUCUUUGCUGCUAAGCUCAGCCUGGACGACUCAUAGACCCCAAGGGCCUGCAGAGGACCUAAUUGCAAGAAACCAUCCAGUUCUGGCUGUUCUUUGUUUCUUUCUGAGAUGUGGAUUGGCAGUUUGAGAAUUGAGAUGGAAAGGAACUCAUAAGACUUUUUUAUUUUUUUAAUACAACACUGUAAGCCACCAUGCAGGCAUUUCCCAAUAUGCUGUCGAUGGUGACGAACUUAAUGUAUGUCUUUUUUUUUUUUUUUAAGGGUUUGUUGCUGCUUAUUUUAGAAUUUUCUUUUAAAUUUAUUUUUCAG